AUGCCUUUAUAUCCGAUAAAUGCGCCGAUUGUUAUGUAUUCUGGACAUGACCAUCAUUGCGGACACGACAUUGAAAUAGGUGCAUUCAAUGAAACGCUGAGACAGCGAGCUUUAGUGGAGGGAACAUUAGCUAGAAACAUUUUUGAAGAAGAAACUAGAAGAUUCCCAAAUGCAGCUUUGGAGGUACGAGCUGAACAAGCUCUUCGAUCAAUUCGCUAUAUUCGUCGUCGCUCUAGUCCGCCUAUUCCCGAAAACUUAAGGGCCAUGGAAGACACUAUACUGUCGCCGACAUGGCGAAAUCAUCUGAUGCAUUGCACAGAUGAUGUCAAAGCUCUAUUUUUUAACGGAAACUUGGAGUUCAUAGAAAAUGGACAAAUUACUUUUGGGGGACUGGUAUUUUCAAAUUUGCAGUUUUUGCCAUAUAUUUAUCAAUCACGAGUUCUAGUAGUAGACGGAACUUUUGGCGUCAUACCACGAGCUCCUGGUGAUGCCCAACAACUGGUGACAAUUCAUGUUGUCUUGGAUAAUAUCUCCGUUCCUGUGGUGUAUGCUCUGUUAAAACGCAGGACAGAGAAUAUGUAUAUGAGGCUUUGGCAAUUCCUGAGAAAUGAUUUUCCUCAGGGAAUAUUUAAUUGGGAAAACAUAACUAUUGUCGCCGACUUUGAAACUGCCUUGCGCAAUGCUGUUCAAAGGGUAAUUCCGGAAUGUCGGCUGGUCGGGUGUUGGUUCCAUUUCAGCCAGGUAUGCCUACUAAUUUAA